UCUGUGGCGGCCCCUCCUCGCCGCUUUGAUCCCCCGUCCCCGCCCCGGGAAGGAGGAGGAGGAGGAGCUUCACCACGAGGGAGAGAGUGAGGGAGAGGGAGCCGGAGCCCGGCUCCUUGGCUGGCGGCGGCGUCGCCUCGCCUCGCGGGCGGAAGAUGGCCGAGGCGGGGCCGGGCGACCCGGCGGGAGAAGAGUCCUCGGACAGCGAAGGGGAGCACGAGGGCGCGCCCCAGAAGCUCAUCCGCAAAGUCUCCACCUCGGGGCAGAUCCGGAGCAAGACCAGUGUAAAGGAAGGAUUACUUUUGAAGCAAACCAGCUCUUUCCAGAGGUGGAAAAAACGUUAUUUUAAACUACGGGGGCGUACUCUUUACUAUGCGAAGGAUUCAAAGUCGUUAAUAUUUGAUGAAGUUGAUCUGUCAGAUGCCAGCGUUGCUGAAUCGAGCACAAAAAAUGUCAACAACAGCUUUACGGUAAUUACACCAUUCAGGAGAUUAAUAUUGUGUGCAGAGAACAGAAAAGAGAUGGAGGAUUGGAUCAGCUCACUGAAGUCUGUACAAUCUCGGGAAAACUAUGAGACUGCACAGUUUAAUGUGGAACAUUUCUCAGGAAUGCAUAACUGGUAUGCCUGCUCCCAUGCUCGACCCACCUUCUGCAAUGUAUGUAGAGAGAGCCUUUCUGGAGUGACUUCUCAUGGCCUGUCUUGUGAAGUUUGCAAGUUUAAGGCUCAUAAAAGAUGUGCUGUCCGGGCAGUAAACAAUUGCAAAUGGACAACGCUGACUUCAAUUGGAAAAGAUAUUAUUGAGGAUGAAGAUGGUGUGGCCAUGCCUCACCAGUGGUUAGAAGGAAAUCUGCCUGUGAGUGCCAAAUGCGCAGUCUGCGACAAGACCUGUGGCAGUGUCCUACGCUUGCAAGAUUGGAAGUGCCUUUGGUGUAAAACUAUGGUGCACACAGCUUGCAGAGAUUUAUAUCCCCGCAAGUGUCCACUUGGCCAAUGUAAAGUAUCCAUUAUUCCUCCCACAGCACUGAACAGCAUUGACUCUGAUGGAUUCUGGAAAGCCACGUGCCCACCAACUUGUGCCAGUCCUCUCUUGGUUUUUGUUAAUUCAAAGAGUGGAGACAAUCAGGGAGUAAAAUUUCUCCGACGAUUCAAGCAGUCGCUAAAUCCAGCUCAGGUGUUUGAUUUAAUGAAUGGAGGUCCUCAUUUAGGUUUACGAUUGUUUCAGAAGUUUGACAAUUUCCGAAUUCUCGUGUGUGGAGGAGAUGGAAGUGUUGGUUGGGUGUUGUCUGAAAUCGAUAAACUCAGCUUGCACAAACAGUGUCAUUUGGGAGUGUUACCCCUUGGUACAGGAAAUGACCUUGCCCGUGUCCUUGGCUGGGGAGGGUCAUGUGAUGAUGAUACACAACUUCCUCAAAUUUUAGAAAAGUUAGAACGGGCUAGCACCAAAAUGUUAGACAGGUGGAGUAUAAUGUCCUAUGAACUGAAAUUACCAUCAAAGCAAUCUGUGCUUCCUGUUACUCCAGAAGAAGAGUCUGAGGAGUGUCAGAUGUCAGUGUAUGAAGAUUCAGUUGCUGCUCAUCUUGCCAAGAUCCUUGAUUCUGAUCAGCAUUCUGUGGUCAUAUCAUCAGCUAAGAUAUUAUGUGAAACUGUAAAAGGCUUUGUUGCUAAAAUUGGAAAGACCUGUGAAAGACCAGUGGAAAAUUCUGAAACUGAUGCGAUGGCUAUUAAAUGCUCAGAACUGAAUGAGAAGCUGAACAUGUUGCUGCAGGCUCUCGAUGCUGAAGCCCAACUUGCACCUUUGCCGCCACGGAUUGCUCCCCCUAUUGUAGAAGAAGAAACGGAAGAAUCCUCAAGCGAGGAAUCUUUAUCUGAUGUUAAGGAACAGUUGACAGAAAGCAAUUCUGUAUCUCCCUCACACCAGAUCUUCAAGCCAAGAGAACAGCUAAUGCUGAGAGCAAACAGUUUAAAGAAAGCUCUAAGACACAUUAUUGAGCAAGCAGAAAAAGUUGUGGAUGAACAGAAUGCCCAUACGGAAGAGCAAAUAAAUCACUCAUCAAUGGAUUAUUGUAAAGAAUUGGAAGAAUCCAAAGAAGAAAAAGAUGAAGAUACAAAGGAAUCUGAAUCUGAUCCAAGUGGACAAAGAAGUCGCAUUCCUUCAUAUACAAGUUCUUUUUCAGUCCCACCCUGCACAGGAAGCAAAGAAAAUCUUCCAGUACUUAAUACAAGGAUUAUUUGCCCAGGUCUAAGAGCAGGUCUAGCUGCAUCUAUUGCAGGAAGCUCUAUUAUCAGCAAAAUGUUACUCGCCAACAUUGACCCAUUUGGAGCCACACCCUUUAUUGAUCCGGAUCCAGAAUCAUUGGAAGGAUAUUCAGAGAAGUGUGUCAUGAAUAAUUAUUUUGGUAUUGGAUUAGAUGCAAAGAUUUCGUUAGAAUUUAACAAUAAGCGAGAAGAACACCCUGAAAAAUGCAGAAGCAGGACAAAAAACAUGAUGUGGUAUGGUGUGCUUGGUACAAAAGAAUUACUGCAACGGACCUACAAAAACUUAGAGCAAAAAGUUCAGCUUGAGUGUGAUGGACAAUAUAUCCCCCUCCCAAGUCUUCAAGGUAUAGCUGUCUUGAAUAUCCCAAGUUAUGCUGGUGGGACUAAUUUCUGGGGUGGCACCAAGGAGGAUGAUAUAUUUGGGGCCCCAUCAUUUGAUGAUAAGAUCUUGGAAGUUGUUGCAGUUUUUGGUAGCAUGCAGAUGGCCGUUUCUCGUGUCAUUAAGCUACAGCACCACAGGAUAGCUCAGUGCCGGUCAGUAAAAAUCACCAUACUAGGAGAUGAAGGCGUCCCAGUACAAGUCGAUGGAGAGGCAUGGAUCCAGCCUCCAGGAAUUAUUAAAAUUGUGCAUAAAAACAGAGCACAGAUGCUAACAAGAGACAGGGCCUUUGAGAGUACACUAAAGUCCUGGGAAGACAAGCAGAAGUGUGAUUCCUGCAAACCAGUUGUGAGGUCACCUCUGUAUCCUCAACAGGCGGUAGAACUGGCUACUGAGGAAGAGGCUUUACAGAUUCAGCUAUGUUCUCAGACGGCCGAAGAACUGAUUACCAGAAUCUGUGAAGCUGCAAAAAUACACACCUUGUUGGAACAAGAAUUGGCUCAUGCUGUAAAUGCAUGUUCUCAUGCCUUAAACAAAGCCAGUCUAAGAUGUCCUGAGAGCCUCACCAGAAGUACAGCCCUUGAAGUAGCUGUCAAUAUGAAGGCACUGCAUAAUGAAACUGAAUCCUUGUUAAUUGGGAAGGUUCCUUUGCAGCUAGAAUCUCUUCAAGAAGAGCUACUCUCAACAGCUGUUCAAAGCCUGGAAACUGAAUUAAGGAAGCUUGCUGAAAUUCCUUGGCUCUGUCAUGUUCUACAACUAAGUGAUGAUGAGGAUCCUCCUUUGGAAUAUGCCAAAAGAAACAGAAGCACAGUAUUUCGCAUAGUGCCAAAGUUUAAAAAGGAAAAGUCUCAAAAACAGAAGACUAGCCCUCAGCCUGUUCAGAAAUGGGGCACAGAUGAAGUUGCUGCUUGGCUGGAUCUGCUCAGUUUGGGAGAGUACAAAGAAAUCUUCAUCAGCCAUGACAUCCGAGGCUCUGAGCUUUUACAUCUGGAAAGGCGAGACCUUAAGGACCUGGGGAUAACGAAGGUGGGUCAUAUGAAGCGAAUUCUCCAGGGAAUUAAAGAACUUGAUAGGACCACCUCCGUAGCUGAAGCGUAGUGCUAUUGCUUCCGUUCUAAAGAAAGAAACACUACUUAUGCAAAGCUGGGGAAUCAUGUAACCUUCUGAAUAGGUUACUCCAUGGAUGAGUGAGCAUCAGUAUGUGACAAAUGUAUUGUGUUUGGGUUGUCAUUUGACAAAAGAACUAGAAGUAAGAACUUGAAAAGAUGUGCCUAAAGAUGCUGUGAAGUAUAUUGUGAAGAGCUGUUGAAAUGUAUAUGUUCGGGUAAAUAUGUUUCCCAAGGUAACUUAUUUAUUGCCAAACAACAUAUGAUGUAGUUUUUGGUGCAACAUCUAAUAACACUUGGUUUGAAGCAUUCCUAAGGAAUAAGCUUACCUGCAAUCUCUUACAUAAGUGUGGCAAAGACUGGUGAUGUUUGGAGGUUUGGCUGACACUGUGAUACCUCAGCAGCUUCUCACUUUCUUUUCCUCUCUUUGCCUCCUUCCUUCACUGGCCAAGAAAUCAGGCUGGGGACAUAUGUUAUACCCAUAGGGAAGCAAACUCUAAUGCAUGGAUUCCCUAACCGAACAUUUUCUUGCAUGACACAUCAGAUACUUAAAACACUUGAAAUUUUUUAUAUCUGUUUUUAAUAAGAUUUAAUUUAUUACAAUUCUCUGUGUCAUAUUGCUUACUUUGUCUCAUGUUGCUACUUUGUCAGAUUUUUUUCUGAAAUGUUACCUAAAUGUGGUGUAUUUGGUGGAUAUAUAUAUAUAUUUCUGUCAUAAUCUAGCAAGGUAUGUGAACUAAAUAUGUUCUAAAACAGUUUUUGUGCUCUUGAUUCAAAUAUCUUCCAAGUAUUUUUAUAAUACUGGUACCUCACAAAUUAUGUGCUGGCUCCCAAGAGAGAGUAUUACCUGAAUAUUUCCUUUUAGGCUAUAAAAUAUGCAAAGUUUAUUUCUUAUAGCCUUUCUUCAGGCAAUGGCUAGGUUAAGCUAAUUGUCUGGAUUUCAAAGCAUUACAGUGUUCUGACUAAUAGUGAGGCAUGUAUUUGCUAAUUAAGUGGCAACAGCCUAAUUGUAUACAGUGACCUAAGAUUACUUCAUAUUGAAGACGCCACAGGGACCAAUUUUGCGAAUAUCAGGGCUUGAUUAUGCAAUUUUUAUAAAAUCAGUAAAUGUUACAAAUAAGGUGAAGUUCAUAGUAUGCAGUUUAUCACUAUAUGGCAUGCCUGGUUUCCUGUACACAUUAAACAGAAACUUCUUUCAGUAUAGAAAUUUAUAACCCUCUUCAGAAAUGUAUAAUGCCUGAGAUAUAUUUGAAAGCUGUUUUUCUUAAGUGUAAAUGUUUAUAUGAUUAGGUAAUGGUCUAAAAAUGUCCAUUUGACAACAUUAAUGUCUUUCUAGAGUUUACUACAAAUUGAAUUCUUUUUUAUUACCCUACUGGGCCAGUGGUUUUUCAGGUAUCAUGCUUAAGGGUUUCCCAUUUUUUCAAAAAGGAUACCAGUUCUAAAAUUUAUCUGAGACAUAUAUUUAAAGAUUUUCUAACUAUAUAAGACCUUCAUAGCCACAAGAGAAUUCCAGCUUAUCACUGGCUAGCUGUGCACUGCCUGAUGACUCCUGAUGGUCAUAGGCACAAUUAAAGAACUCAAAAACCAAUCAGGAUGCAAACGGCUUGUGCUGUGUCUGCACCAAGACCCUUGGUUUGUCAUUUAUCUCAAUGAGUCAAAAUCAAAAGCUUUCUCAUUCCUGGCUUGUUUAGAAGUUUAGAACGUGGGAAAAAAACAAUCAAGAGCAUUGGACAGUAUGCCAAACACACUGUGAACAAUAAGCUAAUUUUUGCUUAUAGUUGCAUCUGAGUGCAGCCAUUAUCUACUCAAAGACUCGCAAUCUAUUUUGAACGUACAUUGGGCCCUCCACAUUCUCUUGGAUUAGGAGCUCAGGACACCAACAUAAGUGGGGAAACUGCAAAUGAAAAAAAGCACUUCUUUAACCCAAGAGAACAUUUUUUGAGGAAUCUCUAGGUCCUCCAACGCAACUCAGCAAUCAACUACUGGCAGAAGCUGACCAGAGUUGUGCUGGAAGACAUAGAGAUUCUUCUAGAAAACAUACUCAUCAAAAGUCAAACCUUCAAAUGUGGAGGACUGACUGUAAGUGUCACUUUCCCUUUUUACUUAGGUAGCAGUGAGCAACGGGGAUCUUACAUAAUGCUACUAUAAGCCCAAGCAAUGUAAUCCAUUGAAAUAUUUAUGAAAUAAAUUUAUUAAGAUCAAGUACCAAUAGUUGUUCCCCAAAUUGAUGAAAGCAGAUGAUAAAAAGGCAGGAAUUUCCUCUAAAAAUAGGUGAAGAUUUACAAAAACAGUGUUAAGUAUCCAAUAGGUUUACUUUGAUACUAAUACUGUAUGAGCAGGUUAUUUGUUUCAUAUGCUUUAAAAGAUCAGUAAUUAACACUGACCAUUUAUUGUGAGGUGAGACUUGUUAUUUCUUUAGUGGGAUAUUUCAGGUUGGGUUUUUUUAUAAUCUGUGGUGCAAAAUGCGCACAAUAGGAAUUUGCUAGUUUCAUGAUGAUGAAAAUAAAAUGCACCAUUCAUUUAAUCACCAUAUAAAAGCAGGGGCAGCUGUGUGAUAUAUCAGUUUGAGUACGGGAUAAAUAUCCCUUAUCUGAAAUUCCAAAAUCCAAAAAAGUCCACAUGGAUAGCCAAGAUAGUGACACCUUUUCUUUCUGAUGGUUCAGUGUAGAUACGGUUUGUUUCAUGUACAAAACAUAUUUUAAAAACUUUCUUCAGGCUAUUUCUUUAAAGUGUAUGUGAAACAUCAAUGAAUUUCACAUUUCGACUUGAGCUCCAUCACUAGGAUAUAUUAUAUACAUAUAUGCAAAUACAGAUAUCUCAAAAUCAAAAACUCAUUGGGCCUCAAACUUUCUUGAUAAGGGAUACUUGAACUGUAUUCGUCUAGGACUCUAGGAUGUGAGAAUUUGAACCUCCAUUUAGCCAUGGAAAUCCACUGGAUGAUCUUGAACAGGUCACACUAUCCCAGCCUCAAAGAAAAUCAGUAAUCAGCUCUUGCCAAUCAAUUUUUGCCAAGAAAACCCACAGCAAGUUUACUUUUGGGGUGCCAUAAAUUGGAAAUGACUUGAAAGCACACAACAGCAAAAACAACAAAACUCACAAAAGGAACAUACUACUUUUUAAAUUAUAGAAAUAGUGUUUUCUCAGAUUUCUCUUGCAGAAGCUAAUUAUAAUUGUAGGGAUUAAGUAGUGAAGUUUUACAUCAAUGUCCCUGCCAAGAUACAUGCUUAUUUGGCAGAUAGCUAGUACUAUAAUGUUGCUACUCUUUUUUAAAAACCAUACUUUUGCCAGCCUCCUUAUUUUGCAAUACGUGUUCGCAGUUCUUUGUAAAAGCCUUCUAUAUCCUCUAAAAUGCCAAUAUUUUCAGCAGUUGAUAACUGCCAGUUGUAGAUUUCUAAUACAGAAAAAGGCUACAUCUUUUCCAGUGGCUCUACUCCAAAGAUUUGUGGGCACUUUUAUAUGGACACAGGCUGCCCUCUAAAAAGAGGUGAAUGAAGAGGUCUUUUUCAUUCACUUGGACAUUCACCAGGGGAGGGCAGGCCUAUGCAUGCCUUGUGAUGUGUAGCUGCAAAAGCCUCAACUUUUGAGGAUAAAUAACAUAAAUAAUAUGAAGUACCACAUACCAAAGAUUAGAACACAUGAAGCUUAAGAUUAGUAUAGUCAGUAACUUAAUAUAGAUUUAUGGGGGCUUGGUUUGUAUAUGAAAACAGGUAACUUGAAAGUGAUUACAAAAUAAAAUGGCUGUGGGUGGUGGAUUUUGAAACUGGCAUGACAGAUGUGAUGACUUAGCUUCCUGAAAGAGCAGAAGACACUGUGAGUUAAACAUUUAUAUAUUGCCUCAAAUGACAUUGAUAUCUAUUUCUGAUUUUUUUUUACUCAUUUUUAUUGCAUUGUUUACUCAAAAAGUUACAUUUUUUGGUUUUAAAAUACAUAAAGCUUUCUUCAAAUAGGCCUUCUGACAAAAGCUAAAAUGCAGAACUAAUAUAAUAUCUUAAAUGUAUUUAACCUAAGAAGGGAAGCUAUAAUUGUAUUAAUUCUGAUCAUGUCAGUUUCCACAUGUAAGACCCAUGUUUUUAUAGAAUAUCAAUACAUGUGAUAUAGAGAAUAGCAUCUUGAUUAUAAUACUCUGGACAGGCACAGGGAGUUGUUUUUGCUAAACAUGAGUGUUUAGUAUUUGAAAUAGAAUUUCCACCAGUUUUCCUACUAAUCAAACUUUAAGAGUAUUCCAUAGCUUCUUUUAACAUUUUUUUUCAUUCUGUGCAUUCACUGAACUAUUACCAACAAAUACUAAAAUAUAUUAAUAUGCUUCUUGCUUGUCAACUGGGAAUGGAUGCCAAGUCACUUCAAAAGAGCUGUUCUAUAAGUUCUUCAUCAUAUUUAAGUUUCCCCCAUUAGGUUAUACAGAUCACAUUUGUUUUCUUAUUGUGGUGGUAACCUUAUGUUUUAUCUAGAAGGCCCUCUAAUUUAAUGUGUGACUGCAAAGAAAGAGAGCAGCAGAAGAGAGCAGCUCUAGCAGCUUUCCAUAAAUAUCGGUAUUUUUCUCUUGCACAAGCAAUAGCACACUCGUUCUUGUGGUCGCUAGGAACAAAAAAAGCAUGUUGGGUUUAUUCUUGAGUCUAGUUCAGAACUAGAGUUCAAUUGGUGCAACAUUUGUACUAGGGGAAUAACACCAUUGCAUACUGUUCAUAAUGUAUCACAUGUACAGAUAAGAGAGAUUACAGAAAUACAUAUUAUGUUUUUAAAGGGAUGAGAAAUCUUUGGCCCAGAGGCAUUUUGAAAUUAAACUACUGCACUUUAUAGUCAGAAUAGCAUUAAGGAUUGUAAAAAUCAUAGCCUAAAAAAUCUGAAGAGCUAUUUAUUUAUUGUGUCAGAAUACAAUUGGGGGAUAGUUACAAUGUAUCUGAAAAAAACACAAAGUUAAAAACUUGGCAUUGUACUAGAUUUCCUUUGAACAGAAGCUGGCUGCUUCGAGUGUCUCUGGUGUCGCUGUGAGACGGUCCUCCAUUGUGCAUGUGGCGGGGCUUAGAAUGCAUUGUAGUAAGUGGUCUGUGGUUUGUUCUUCUCCAUACUUGCAUAUCAAGGACUCCACCCUGUAUCCCCAUUUCUUAAGGUUAGCUCUGCAUCUCGUGAUUCUCUCACACUGAAAGUGACUGAAGAGCUAAAAGUUUAUCAUCAUGGUGGAAAGAGUUUGAAAUACUAUAGUAUGUUCCAUGUAUGUACCAUAUUAGAUCUAAAAAGAGAAAAAUUGUAUAAUUUUGGUUCUUAAUAUCUAUGAUGACAUUGCUAGAGUCUAUAUUUCUUUUCAUAUAUAUGUAACCUUUGGUUAGCAAACAUGUGUGAAAGUUCUACUAACCACCAUGUGUAUAUUUUGUGUGCAUGCACAUGUGAUAGUCUCAAACAAGUGGAAUCCAUUGUUGGAUUAAAGGGAUAUUGCAAACUGCAAUAACAAAAUUAAAUCCAAGACACUGUGCAAAUUACUUAGGAGUGAUAGUUUAAUUGGAAAUUGAUUCUGCCAUUGAAGCAUUUCUUAGAUCCCAUUGAUUUAAGUGGAAGAGAAGUGGGCAUAUUAACAAAUUAAAUAUGUGUAAUGUAUCCACAGUAGUGUAUAAUGUAUUGACUCUGUGUUUGAUUUUAUUAAUAUUUAAGUCUGGUGUUGAGAUCAAAUAAAAUUCUUGUUAAUUGAGCACAAAAAUUCAAAUUGGAAAGAAAGAAAGAAGCCUACAUCAUUGGCAAAGUACCACAUUUAUUUAUGGUUAUCUUGUUUGUUUGUUACUUUAACAAGAAAAUACAUUGUUAAAGAAUGCUUCAAUAGCAAUAGAACACUAUUAUUCAAUCAUGUAUCUGGAUAGUUCAUGCUGAGGGUGAAAUAGAGGGUGAAAUACCCUCUAUGGUCCCGUCUACACUGUCAUAUAAUGCAGUUUCAAACUACAUUACAUGUUUUGUGUGGCAUCAUGUAAUGCAGUUUGACCACACUGUAUUAAAGAAGUCUUCAUUGAACAUAUAAUGCAGUUUCAAACUCAAUUGUAUGACAGUGUAUAUAGGGCUGCUCAUAAUGACAGUCUUUUGUAAUUUGAUGGAGUUCAGGGAUGAUAUACAUUUGUAAAUAGUAAAAAUAUAGUAUGAUCUUGUGGCUUCUUUAUAGUGCAAAGAAAGACAUUUUACAUUCAGUAUUCUUCUUAAUGACAUUUGUAAAAAAAUAAUAAACAAACCUGACUAAAAUGUCAUUCUGAAAUCACAGAGAAUAUUCAGGUCAUGAAACAGAGAGUACAUACAUGUUUAAGACCUUAACUAGGUUCAUCUGGAUUUCAGCACAUGAAAUUCCACCGCUGAAAUUCAGGCACCUUCAAGUGUAGUUGUCCAGCUGAAAAACAUGUUUUGUUUUGUUUUUAAAUCAGUUAUUACCUGAACUCUAUUAAUCAGAGUUUUAGGGUUUAACCAAAAAUAAUCUUGUAGAUGCACAGCACAUCAUUGCUAAUCUGUAGUGACUUACAGGUGAAAGUCUGGAAUUUUAUAGUCAUGUUUAUAUGAAAUCAUUUAGCUAGCUGCAACAAUGAGUGUAAACAUUGAAGAACAUAAAUUGUUUUGGGCGCAGAAUUCUGCAGCCUUAAAUAACCUUCAGCUGGGUUGUUAAUGAAACAUUUACAUUUGUGAAUGAUUGCUUCAAAUUUAGCAGUCCAAAUUGUCACUGCAUCAUCCUCUUAGACCAACCAGAUCCCUUGGUGCUUUUCUGAGAAGUUAACCAUAAUGAAUUGAACAGAAUUUUCUUCAAGGAAGUGCCUAUCGAAUUUCAGUCUUAUCGUAAUGAUCCACCUGGUUUACAAUAAUGAAGAAUAUGUAAACCAUAAGCAUUUUGUAUUGUGAUAAAUUACAAUUUCUCCCAUAAGCAUCAGUGCAGUCACAGAAGUUUACAAUAAUGGCUGCUUCCAUACUUUCCAGGCGGUGUUGCAAGUAAAUUUACAUAAAAAUACCCAUAGAGAAUUAUACCUAUCGUAAAAUUAUUUUAAUAACACAGUUUUUGUAUAACGCAGCAUCAGUUUAAGAAAUUAAGUGAGCAAGGGUGAAGUCACAGAGUUCUGUACUAAAUAAAAGAUUCCCAAGAGGUAUAUGGCCAAAAAGGCCAUUAAGCAGUUUGAAUACACAAAA